CGACAACAGUUGCCGUUAAUGCACGAAGCUGGGUCGCAAAAAAGGAAGUGUCGUAAACGGGAUGAAACUGCUUAACGACAUUUGUGCACAGUCGAUACACGUGUUAUCAGAAGUGGUGUGAACGUUGAAUUUUUGUCAGGAUGGCGAAGAGUUUACGCAGCAAGUGGAAGAGGAAGAUGAGGGCAGAGAAAAGAAAGAAGAAUGCCCCCAAAGAGUUGGCACGACUUAAAACCGUGCUGGGCCAGGGAGAAAAAGGAGAGAUCACCAUGAAAGAUGUAGCUGAGAUUGCCACAGUGGUGCCAGCGGAGAAGGUGAAAGAGAAACCACAAGACGUAGACAUGCAAGAGGACGAUGCAGAUGUUGGUAAGAUGGAUUUAGAUACUAAACGCAAUAAAAAGACAAUGCUGGAUAAUCAAGGACAAUAUCCUGGCUGGAUGAACCAGAGGCAGAUGAAAAAGGUCAAAGCUAAACGUACAAGCAAGAAAGGAAAACCUAAGAAAGGAAAAGCCUGGUAGAUAAACCGACGUCUUUGCGUAUGGACAAGUUACAUUCCUGUAACCGCUGUACAGGAUCAUUGCUGUGCAUUAUUGUGAUGAUGUGCAAUUUGUAUAUUUCUGUGGACUGUUUAUACAGACAAAUACUUGCUAAAUGUGAUGAUUAUAUAUUACUGGCAAGUACUGUUUACGGAUUGUGAAUGUACCAGAAGUAGAGGCUGUUAAAUUUACUGGUCCAUUUUAACACUGCGAGUCCUCUUGAUUUAACAUGCCAACUGUCCGACUAUAUAUUUCCGUAAAAAAUAUACAUGUUUUCUCUAUUUUGACCACAUCAUUGUUUUGGUCUGCUUGAUUUUGAAGUUUAAAAGAAUAAUUAUGAUUAAGCAUGUGUUUUCAUCAUAAUAAAUACAAUAUGCUUUCA